AUGCUUCGCCCAAACAAUCUCACUCCAGCCAAAUAUCCUCCCCAAUCAAAUCCUCUGAAAAGAUUGGAUUUGCUUGUCGGAAGUGGCUUUGAACACAUGAGACAGGAUGUUGAUGUUAGACAGUGGGGAUUUUCGGAGGGUGUUUUUACUUUGAAACACAAUUAUUAUCAUCAAUUGAAGUUUCAAUUGGCUUGUAGAGAAACUGGACGAACUAAAUUAUUUGAAAUUUAUGGUUCAGGUGCUGAAGCAUUUAGAGGAAGGAAAUUGGGUGAUGAAAUUGAUGGAAGUUGUAUUGGAAAUGAUUUUAGAGAUUAUAUAUUUAAAAUUAGAGGAGCUUCAGACCAUUUGGGAACUUGUUACACUCCUGGAUUGAUAAAAUACGGAACUUCUUGUAUAUUGAGGAGACCAGGAGAGUUUGGAUAUAGAGGAUGGCAAGCAAAGAGAAAAGGAGAAAGGAGAAGAAUUAAACUAAAAGGAUGCAUUCUUGAUAGAAAUUUGAGAGCUGUCUCUGCAAUAAUUAUUCGAAAGGGUGCUCUUGAAAUUCCUGGACUCACAGAUUCAAUUCAUCCCAAAACUCUGGGACCAAAGAGAGCUUCCAAAAUUCGUAAAUUAUUCAAUCUUUCAAAAUCGGACGAUGUUAGAAAAUAUGUUGUAAAACGAGAAGUUGUAAUUUGUAAAAAAAAGUUUGUUAAGGGUGUGAAAAUUCAGAGAUUAAUCACACCAGAACGAAUCAGAAGGAAAGCUCAACACCUGAAACAAUCCAUCCAAAGGUGUGUGAAAAGAAAAAUGGAAAAGGACGAAUUUGACAGGAAAUUCAAAUCUCUCAAACAAUCCAAACAACACAGACAUCCUAGAGAGUAA